AUGUCUAUUGAUGCUCUUUUAAAUCUUUCUUGUGCAUGUGCCAAUAACGAUAAUGAUCUUGAACGAACCAUAUCAUAUAGCACGGUCUUGUGCGUUGCACAUAUCGAAGUAGAUCUGGAAAUGACCCUGGUCGAAAUCGGUGUGCUCUGUGAAAGCUUUAGUGGAAAUUUCGAGCCAUAUUCCGAGUUCCAAGAUGAAAAGUUGUCUCUACCGCUUAUUAACGAAUAUGGGAAAUGGUUGUUAUUCUUCGCUCACAGUUAUGUUAAAUGUGUGCUGUUUGCGAGCUGUAAUAAUACGACAUCACAAGACUUCUCACUUGCUAGACAAAAUGAUCCUACAUUCUUCCCGGAAAUUUUUCCUGUUGAGACAUGGACGGGAGCUAAACCGGUCGCCAUCGUACCUCAAAUUGCCGAAGAUGAAGUUCCAGACCGCGCUCGAGAACAAGAAGCUUUAGCUGCCCUAUCAGCUGCUCAGUCCAGUCGGCGAUCUGGAAAUAUCAAGCGUGCGAAAAUGAUAAUUGAACACGCAGUGGCUCUCGCUCCGAAUCAUCCUGAUAUUUUGACUGAGUAUGGACUAUUUCAUGAGGUAUGA